AUGAGCGAUGAUGACGAGGGCGAGUACAACACCAUCGCCCACGCCAGCUCCGGCAAAGGCGUGAAGCUGCUGUACUCCAAAAGCAAAGUCUAUGUCCACCCGACCCCAUCCUCCAAAGACAACAUCCCCGGAUUCAUCGCGCUCAUCCAGCAAAAGCCUGCACCAUCCAACCCCUCCACAACCACCUCCAACCGCGGUGAUGCAGCCUCGUACCUCCUCGCUUGGGUUCCGGAGUCAUCUCUAGGAGACGCAUAUAGUACAUACGUUCAGGUUGAUCUGGCUGAUGGUGAUUCUCCGCCCCGUCAGAGAUACCUUGUCCCCCCGCUGCCGACAACCACCACCCACAGAGAUCCCAUUGGGCUAUACUCCUUCGCCGUUCCCGUAUCGGAGAUAUACUCCCUCCUAGUACGACCGCCGAGCUUGGGGUGGUGGUUUGGUAGCGUCGUCAUCAAUACCCGCUCGGGCGACAGCUUCCCGGCGUUGUUCUUCCAUGACAGCGAGUGCGAGUCAACAAUACUGCAGAAAAGGAAAUUAGUCAAGGAUACAUUCGAUCCAUUCGAUCGUGAAGGCGGUCUAUUCUGGGGAGGUGACGAAGUUCUGCGGUGGUUACGGAGAUACGUGGACGUGCAGCGCUCAUCCGUCGACCGAAACGUGUAUCUGAUCAACCCGUCCGAAGAAGAUCAACUGUCAUUUGGACGGGCGGUCGUGGCUGGCGACGGGUCUGUAUCUAAGGUGCAGCCGGAAGCUUCCACCGCCGCUGUACCCAGUGGGGCCUCACAGAGAGAUGCCACUAUGGAUCCAUUCAUGAAGACCCUCAAAGAGACGCGUUGGAAGGUGCUGGAGUCACUGAGCAAGAUUACAACCUUUACGCGGCGGACCGCCAACGAGAUUGCGGAUAAUCCGCGCAUUCCACUGCAGGUGCGACGAUUGAUUCAGAACCCGGAGAUUCAGACAUUACAGGAUGAAUUCGAUAGUGCCAGGCUCUACCUAGCUAGGUGGGCUAUGAGCAUCGCCGAGCAGAGUGAGAGGGAGCGACAGCAACGUAUCUGGACAGCCCAGGAUGUGUUGGAGUCAGAAAACAGUUCUGUUGGUGAUUUCGAAAUCCUAGAGCUCGAGACUGGGAACCUGGCGCUUCAGGAACGCCGCAAGAUUCUCACUCUUCCAGAGUGGGAGGGCUUCUUUGACCCCACAUCAGGGAGGCUGCAUGUCACUGUCGAAGAAGUCAAGGAGCGUAUCUUCCAUGGAGGAUUGGACCCGAACGACGGCGCCCGGAAAGAGGCUUGGCUUUUCCUCCUCGGCGUAUACCCGUGGGACAGCAGCCUCGAGGAACGCCAGGCAAUCAUGAACUCCAAGCGCGAUGAGUACAUUCGGCUCAAAGCCGGCUGGUGGGAGCGCAUGGUCGAGGGUGAUUCGACAACGGAAGAAUUCGACCACUGGAAAGAGCAGCGCAAUCGCAUAGAGAAGGACGUCCACCGAACCGAUCGUACCAUUCCCCUGUUCGCCGGAGAGGACAUUCCCCACCCCGACCCCGACUCACCCUUUGCCGAUGUAGGCACCAACGUGCAUCUAGAGCAGAUGAAAGACAUGCUUCUUACUUACAACGAAUACAACCCGGAGCUCGGUUACGUGCAAGGAAUGAGCGAUCUCCUCGCUCCACUUUAUGCCGUCAUGCAAGAUGAUGCUGUCGCCUUUUGGGCGUUUGUGGGAUUCAUGGACCGGAUGGAGCGAAAUUUUCUCAGGGACCAGUCUGGGAUGCGCUCCCAACUGCUGGCGCUUGACCAACUAGUCCAGCUCAUGGACCCACAGCUGUACCUCCAUCUGCAGUCUGCGGACAGCACGAACUUCUUUUUCUUCUUCCGGAUGCUGUUAGUCUGGUACAAGCGAGAGUUUGAAUGGGGCGAUACUCUCCGGUUAUGGGAAACCCUCUGGACAGACUACUUCUCCAGCAGCUUCCAUCUCUUCAUUGCCCUCGCCAUACUAGAGAAGCACCGGGACGUGAUCAUGGACCACCUCAAGCAUUUUGAUGAAGUGCUGAAGUACAUCAACGAGCUAUCGAACACAAUGGAACUCGUCCCUCUCCUCACUCGCGCCGAGUCACUCUUCCGUCGCUUCGAGCGCUCCGUCCAAGCCAUCGACAAGAAAGACAAUUUCCCCGCUGCGCCGACUGCCCAUCAACGCCGACCUGGAACAAGCAGCCCAGACUCUUCUGCUACGGGCAAAGGAAAAUCACCACAGCGGCCCACUGCGGGGUCUAGUAGCGGUGUCAACGCCCCUUCAUCACUCCAGCAAGUAAUGGACAAGGACAAGCCGAAGGUUAUAUCCCCCGAGCUACGCCAGUUGCUCAGCAAGGACAUCCCCUGGAAAGGGCAGCAAGCAUCUUAG